GCAACAUUUGCAUUUCUCACACAGCAAAUGUAGCAGGUUCUGUCUUUAAUGUGAGCAUUUUAUUAACAAGUACCUCAGCAAUGGAAACAAGACAACGAACAGACUCAGUGGGAGAACCUCCAGAUUUGCGCCUCAUCCUUCUUGGAUCACAGAGAUGUGGAUUUAACUCUGUUGCAAAUGGAAUCUUAGGAGGAACAGACUUUGAAUGGGGGAAAAGAACUGCUCAGAAUAAGACACGUUCAGCGCAGGUGAACGGUAAGGUGAUCCAGCUGGUCAAAGCUCCCGUGUGGCUGAGGAGUUACCAUCUGUGUGACACGGCAGAACUCGUCAAAGAUGAACUAGUGCUCAGUGUGACUCAUUGUGAACCAGGACCACAUGCUUUUAUUCUGCUGGUCGAGGUGGACUUACCGUUCACAAGUGCAUGUGCUAAUGCAGUAAAGGCCCACUUAGAGCUUUAUGGGGAAAAUGUGUGGAACCACACUAUUGUGUUGUUUACCUGCGGAGACUGGUUGGACAACAUCACUAUUGAACAAUACAUCACUGGGGAAGGAAAAGACCUGGAUGAACUCCUCAACAGAUGUGGACGAAGGUACGUGUUUGAUUGCAUGAGCACCCGUCCAACUCUGAGUCAAACUGUUCUGGACCAAGUUGAGACUCUGGUGGAGAGAAAUGGAGGAAAACAUUUUGAAACGGAUGAGAAUGUGAUCCAGAAUAUUCUCAAAAAGAGGGAAGAAGUGAACAAGAGAGCAGAAAACAGAAAACAAAGAAGAAUCAAACACAAGAAAACAUGGGAGAACAUGGCAGGAUCACCCAUGUCUGAGGUAACCAUCGUCAUGCUCGGUUGGGUUUUUACUUCAAAAUCUGAAAUUAGUAGUGUCAUUUUGGGCAUACCUGAAAAAGAGGGAAGAACAGAAACAUGUGACAAAGACACAAAAGUCAUGAAAAAUGGACUGAAGGUGACUGUUGUAGAUACCCCUGGAUGGUGGAAAUACUUCUCUGCCAGUUUGGUGCCAAAUUCUGUCAGAUCUGAGAUCAUGAAGGCAUUAGAUGAGGAUGAGGAAACAGGCCACACAUCUGCCAAAGAAAAAUCCCACGACAAGGUUUCUUCUGGCCGUGCUUUCCUCUUAAUGAUACCAGCUGACACUUCAUUUACCAACGAACAGAAGAAGAUCAUAGAAGACAACAUGAAACCUUUUGGUGAGACAGUCUGGCAGAACACCAUAGUGGUCUUCAAUAGAGCUCAGUGUCUUGGAAACUUUGACAUUGAGCAGCACAUUGAAAGAGAAGGGGAGGCUCUCAUCUGGCUGGUGGAGCAGUGUGGGAACAGAUACUUUGCCUUCAUUGAUGAAGUAAAACACCAGAGUGAACUUGAAGAUCAGGGAGAGAAGCUGGUGGACAUGGUUGUGGACAUGGUGUCAAAAGAUCAGAGCCUUCAGAUACCUUCAAAUAAGGACAAAGAACAAAUGGCAGAAACUGGACACCGUAAAGAGGAGGGAAGUCCUGAGGAACCAGUCGACCAUGAUCUUAAGAAGUUGGUGGAGGUCCUCCACAGAGAGUGGGAGUGGGGAUCAUGGGAAAUGACAGAGUUUCUCUCAAGAUUUGCUCAAAGACCAAUAACCAGAUACCUAAAACGUGACAGAAGUAUUGACAGACUUUUUGAGUUUCCAAAGUCGAGCCAUACGAGAGAAGAGAUAGAAAAGAUAUUAAGAGAUGAACUGUGUGGAAGAAGUCUGGAAGAGGUGUUGCAGACUGCACUGCAAAUAUACUUCCAAAGAGAAUGUGGAGCAUUUGAUAUCCUGUCGAUAAUGUUUGAGAAAGACCAGUUCAAGUCUGAGUGGAAGCAGCUGUUUGAGAGGGAGUGGGCCAGGAGGGAAGAGCGAAUGAUGGAAUAUGUCCUCACAAAAUAUUUCACUGACAGUAAAGAAGAUGCUGAUGCAGGUGAAGCUCACGUGAGGAGCUGUGAAGACACUUCUCUUUGGACGGUGAAAUCGACACCUUUGAAAAGUUCUCCAUGGAUGGAUCAACUGCCUCCUUUGAUCAAGGAAAUAGUCAAAGGAAUCUUAAAGAGGUUAAAAGAAUUAAACAAACCAGUACAUAGUUCCCUCCCAGCUCCUCUGGACUCCCCUCCCCUCCAGAUACUUAGUUGCUGCAGAAUAAGCAACAUUUGCAUUAGUUCUUUCUCACACAGCAAACUAAACAUUAUUUUAAAGAGUAUUGCAGGUUCCCUUUUUAACAUGAGCAUUUUACUAACAAGUACCUCAGCAAUGGAAACAAGACAACAAACAUGGUCAAAUGAAGAACCUCCAGAUUUCAGCCUCGUCCUUGUUGGAUCACAGAGAUAUGGAGUUAACUCUAUUGCAAAUGGAAUCUUAGGAGGAACAGCCUUUGAAUGGGGGAAGAGAACUGCUCAGAGUGAGACACAUUCAGCGCAGGUGAACGGUAAGGUGAUCCAGCUGGUCAAAGCUCCUGCAUGGCUGAGGAGUUACCAUCUGUGUGAUACAGCAGAACUGGUCAAAGAUGAACUGGUGCUUAGUGUGACCCGCUGUGAACCAGGACCACAUGCUUUUAUUCUGCUGGUUGAGGUGGACUUACCGUUCACAAGUGCAUGUGCUAAUGCAGUAAAGGCCCACUUAGAGCUUUAUGGGGAAAAUGUGUGGAACCACACUAUUGUGUUGUUUACCUGUGGAGACUGGUUGGACAACACCACUAUUGAAGAAUACAUCACUGGGGAAGGAAAAGACCUGAAUGAACUCCUCGACAGAUGUGGGCGAAGGUAUGUGUUUGAUAGCACGAGGACUCGUCCAACUCUGAGUCAAACUGUUCUGCACCAGGUUGAGACUCUGGUGAAGAGAAAUGGAGGAAGACAUUUUGAAACUGAUGAGAAUGUGAUCCAGAAUAUUCUCAAAAACAGGCAAGAAGUGGUCAAGAGAGCAGAAAACAGAAGAAAAAGAGGAAAAAAUGACAAAAGACAAGACAUGACAGGAGCGUCCAUAUCUGAGGUAACCAUCAUCACGCUUGGUUGGGUUUUUGCUGUUAAAACUAGAGUGAGCACUGCCAUACUGGACACACCUCUGCUAGAAGAAAGAAGAGAAAAAUGUGUCAGAAAAACAAAAGUCAUGAAAAAUGGACUGAAGGUGACUGUUGUAGAUACCCCUGGAUGGUGGAAAUUCUUUUCUGCCAAUUUGGUGCCAAAUUUGGUCAGAUCUGAGAUCAUGAAGGCAUUAGAUGAGGAUGAGGAUGAGGAAACAGGCCACACAUCUGCCAAAGAAAGAUCCCAUGACAAGGUUUCCUCUGGCCGUGCUUUCCUCCUAAUGAUCCCAACUGAUACUUCAUUUACCAAUGAACAAAAGAAGAUCAUAGUAGACAACAUGAAACCUUUUGGUGAGACAGUCUGGCAGAACACCAUGGUGGUCUUCACUAGAGCUCACUGGCUUGGAAACUUUGACAUUGAGCAGCACAUUGAAAGUGAAGGGGAGGCUCUGAUCUGGCUGGUGGAGCAGUGUGGGAACAGAUACUUUGUCUUCAGUGAUUAUGCAAAAGGACAAAGCGAACUUCGCACUCUGGGAGAACAGCUGGUAGACAUGGUUGUGGACAUGGUGGCGCAUGAUCAGAGCUUUCACAUACCUUCAAAUGAGGACAAACAAAACACCACAGCAACUCCACACCGAACAGAGGAGACAUCAGCUGAGGAACCAGUGGAUGAGGAUCUGAAGAAGAUGGUAGAUGUCUUCCACAGAGUUUGGGGCUGGGGGUCAUGGGAAUCUGCAGAAUAUCUUGCACGAUUUGAUGAAAGACCAAUGGCCGAAGUAUAUGACAAAUCAAGCAUGGACAUUCCAUUCACGUUUAAGAGGACGACACAUACAAGAGAUGAAGUUGAAAAAAUCCUAAGAGAUGAACUGGGUGGAAAAAGCCUAGAAGAGGUGCUGGAGAUCGCUUUGCAAAUAUACUUCAGAAGAGAAUGUGGAGCCUUUGAUAUUCUGUCUAUCAUUUUUGAGAAGGACCAGUUCAAGUCUGAAUGGAAGCACCUGUUUGAGAGGGAGUGGGCCAGGAGGGAGGUACGACUGAUGGAGUAUGUCUUUGGAAAAUACAUGACCAACAAUAACACUGUUGAUGCCGCUGAGGCUCAGAAGAAGAGCCGUGAAAAAGUUGCUGCAUGGAUGGAUGGAAUGUCUUCAUCAACAAAACCUUCAUGGACGGAUGGAACGUCGUCACCAAAAAAGUCUUCAUGGAUGGAUGGAUUACCUCCAUUAAUUAAGGAACCAAUCAGAAACGUCAUGAUCCGACUGCAAGAAAUGAACAUAUAAUGGACAUACGGCCCCCAGUACUGCUACAUGUGAGAUCAUUAACAGAUUCAUUCCACUCACAGUGUCUGGGGCUACACACACACUAGUACUUGGUAUUUGGCUGAUCAUGGUUUUGAUCAUAUUCUGGACAUAGAGUUUACAUGGGACACGGAAAUAUUAUCAUACCUGUUUACAUGAUAAAUAAUAGUAUCCUGUUAAGUCAUUAUUGGGCAAAGUCAAGGGAAGGAUAACAUCUGGUCAAAAAAAUUAAAUUACAAUAAUCUACACCAAACUUAUAUUUUUGAGUAGGUAAUUACUUAUAUUUUCAAGAAAAUGUAUUUUGAAAUGAAAAAAAAAAUUUGAGGAGUUUUAUGAGUGUGAAUGUUUGAAAAGUAACAAAGUUUUCUGCUGUCAUUCUGGGUUCAUUUUAUAAACUCUCAUAAAUAAAUUCCAAAUUCAUUGAUAUUUAACUAUUAUAUUAUAUAUGUCAUAUUCUAAA